AUGACGAAUUUGUUGAAUAGAAAGAACAGGAAUAAACCAUUUAUCAAGCAAUAUCUCUACAAAGAAAAGUCAGGAAAUGAGGGAAUUAGUUCACAAAGUUUUCCCAUUCUCUUUUCUCUUCCGGUUAAUUACAAAAAACAUGAAGAAAAGAAAGUUUUUGAAAAUGGAUGGGAAUGCAGUGAUAGUAGUUUGCAUGGAAAACGAACAAAUGAAGCAGGUAAAGCAAUUCACUUCAUACGAUCACAUCUUGGUCUCAUGCGGUUUGGUAAACGUAAUGCAGCACAAUAUGGUAUUAUCCGGUUCAAUAAACGGAUUGAUCUGGAUCACUUAACGCAACAAAAUGAUGAAGGCAAUAGCAUUGAUAGCGAUAAUGGUUACCGUAAUUCCUACAUUAAAGCAUAUCCUUUUGGUUAUUAA